UCCCUCUGAUUCUGAUCUCGGUCAUGGUUCGUGGACAGGAGGACAGGAUCGAUAAGUGCUCGCGAAGGAUCGUGUAAAGUAGAAGCAUUAUGAUUGACAAAAAUGCACGACAGUAAUAUGAUUAUUUCAUUAAAUGAUUCGAGUCGAAUUCGACAUGAAUAUCAGAAAUCAGAGAUGCAGUAUGAUCAGUAAGUUUUCGCUCUGCCUGCGGAAAAUACGCAGGCUAUAACUUUGCACAGAGGACUUGUCAGACUGAUCGGAUCCUGUUGAUGGAGAAAAUCUUUCAGAAAGCAUGAAAUGCGAAGGAACAGCUUCAAGAAAAACACAAUUAGUCCAUUGACGCAAAAAGUAAAGGCUCCCCAACAUCUGCUGAGACUUAAGGAUGAAGAAGAUGAGUUCGAUAAUGAAUGCAACAGUCGCUUCCGGUUACCUAGUCUGUCACGGCAGAAAUCAUGGAAGGACGAUGAUGAUAUUCCAUCUAAUGGAAAUAGCGCGGCAACAUCUGUCUCUUGGUCACAGGAGAUGGAAGAUACAGCGACUCAAAAAUUGGAAGAACAGUGGACGAAUGUGGAGAGGACCUUUUAUGAGGAAGAAGAUGACCAGUUGCUUCAAGGAUCCAUUUUGGAUGAAUGUAUACAAUGGAGAACACAGAUACCAUAUCUGAGAAUAAUUGGCAAAAAUCCAACUUACACCAAUAACAAUAGUACACAGCAUGAUAUUGGCUCUAAUGAUGAGAAGAUGAAAAGAUUUGAUACUCUACAAAAUGACAAAGUAUCUUUGGAGCUUUCAACGAAGGAAGGAGAAGAUUCUACGCAAUAUAAAUUAAAUAAAGCAAAAUUUGAAGAUGUUGUUGACAUGCUAAUGGAAUAUGUAAUCAUGGAGGUCACUCCUAACAAGGAGAAUGAUACAGAUUCUCUGUGCGAAAGUUUAAGCGAUGCCUUAAAAAUAGCUCCUGCUCCUGUUUAUGGCAAUAGAAAUUCAUCAAGAAAUUCAAAAAUAAAUUGGACAGAAGAAGCAAUUUCUCCUAAUUAUAUCGAAAACAAAUCUCUAAGCAUACGAAAUCGAUUGUUGGAUACAGAAAAUUCUCUUCAGACAAUAAAGAAUGAUACAAAUUAUCAAAAAGUUCAAAAGAAACAGAGAAAAUCAAUUUCUGCAAAUAAAUCAAGAGACCUUGAUAAUAUGGAAGAUGAUAAUACAUUGAAAUCCAAGGAGAGAUUGAGUACGCCACAUAUAGGCAGAAAUAAACUUGGCACUAUCUUCAAUGAGAGGAUUGUUGUGAGCCCUGUGCCUUUUGCAGUAUCCACGCGAGAAAGCUUCUCUACUUUAAAUACUAUUCCCAUUAGAUUCAUGAAUGAAGAUUUCGAAAUUUCCUCCUUUCAAGGAUCAGCCCGAAACAUUUCAGGUGGUUUUCGUGGCUCUACAAAAAAAUCAAGCAUUCUAAGAAAUUCAAAUAUUCAUUCCGCUUGGCAAGCUCCUGUGUGUCCCACCAUUUGGCCGAAAAAUAUCCGACUUGCGCCUAUAGACACUUCGAGAUUUCCUAGUAACAAAAAUAGAUUGGCACCAUCCCCUGCUAUUUCACACUGCAACAAGAAACCAUUGAGUCCAAUUUCCAAAAUACCGAAAUCAGCUCAAGCGACUCGCGAUCGUUUGGAAAUUCAAGGAAAACACAUCUUCCCUUCGCAAUCAAAAGUCAAUAUGCUUUCAGCUGGAUGGGAUAGUUCCAGAAUGAUUAAGAGCAAAAAAAAGAAAAUUCGUGUAAUGGAGGGUUUGUAAAGGAAAAGAAAAAAUGCUUAUAAUGCCGAAAGCGCUUCGAACACUUGCUUUUAUAAGAAAUAUAUUUUUCUAAAAUGUGUUAUAUGAUGUCUUAUUCUGUGUCUGUAAGGAAACCGAAGAGUACAAAACAUGCUGCUUCGACGCGUUCGGUUUCAUAACAGAAUAACGCUUGGAGCACGGCAGAAAAUGCUUUAACAACGAAAUAUAUAUAAUAUAUAUAAAUAUAUUUAUUGUCGUAUAUAAUUUACGGAGGAUAAUCAUUGCAAUUGUACAAACAUGCGAUGGUGUUUUAAAUAUGAUUGUUCUAUGAAUGAUAAAUCAUAACUGUUUCUACCUCACUAUGUGUCUAUGUUGUUCAAAUAUUAUUAUUCUACACGUUUAACGCGAGUGGAUAUAUUUUUGUAUAUGCCGCACAAUAUUAUGUAUUAUUGUUUGUAAAUAUACUGGAAGUAAUAUAAAUACAUAACAGCAUUGUUGUGAGAAUACAA